GAAAAACAUCGAAAUCGAUGUUUACUUAAAAAAAAGAACAUUAGAAAACAUUCCCAAAAUGUGUAAAGACAAAGCAUUUAUACUAAUGCUAUUAGCGCAUGAAGUGUCAGUCUUGCAAGAACAAGAAAGUGGCAAUCAUCACACUUAACUUGAUGAUCAAUGUUACUCACUUCACAAUUAAAUGUUGUAUCAAUGCUGACAGCAGUGUUUCAAAGUGUCCUUCUUAGACUGUCUGUUUACUUUCGAAAUGUUUCAAACUUUACGUGCAAUUAAACUAUACGUGCAUAUGCACAAGGUGAACGCAAUUUGUUUGCACAAGGCGCAAACACAAUCCCUCUUUAAGCGUUCACUCUUAUAAAAAUCCUUUGUGAAAGUAUAUUCGUUAGAAAACAUCCUAGGAAUUAGUUUCUGCCUCGUAUGUUCUUUUAUAGUUGGAAUAUGAUGAAACGAUCUUAUUUUAUUUAUAAAAAUCUUUGCAAACAUGACACACUGAAGAUUAACCAGUUCUUUUUAUAAGAUCGCUAUGGAAAAAGAAGAUUAACUGCAUGCGCCGUAUGGUGACGUAGCAUAAGAAGUUAAACAUAUGGCUGUUUCAAACAAAUUGUUUUUCGAUAAUCUCCCAGAUAGCAACGAAGAAGAACACGAAAGAUCUGAGAUGGAGGAGUAUGCAACUGUCAAAAAAUGUAUUUCUCACGAAGAAACUUUAGCUUCCAAAAAAUCUAUUGUCUUUUUUACAAACCCUUCAAGUUGUUGGUACUUUAUUAUCGUGGUUGGUUUUCUUUUCUCCGUGACAGCAUUUGCAAUGGCAACCCACAGCGUGUUAAAAGACAACUCCAGCGACCUUCAUUAUUCAGCUAAAGUUGGUCGCCAGCAACAGAAAUCUUCAGUUUGUAAUGAUUCAAACUUGAAAUCUAAAUUGGAAGAAUAUGUGAAGAAAACGGACUUACUGAAAACUGAGCUAAAGAAUUUGACAAAAAUGAUUAACCAGACAGAACUUAUAAAGAAGAAAGUCGACAAACAAGAUACAGAGAUUAAAAUCUUACAUAAGAAAUUCGAAGAUACUGCACUUGACAUAAAUGGGCUCAAAUUUAUGAUAGAAAAUGUGAAGAAGUUGCAGUUCGAAAUUGUCAGUAACUUUUCGAAAGCUGAAAACAAAUUCAAGGACAUCAUUAAUAAAAUGCAGAACCAAACUGAACAAAUCAAAAAAAAUUUCACUAUGGACUUAGAGAAAUUAUUUAAAAAAAUCUAUUCAAUAAAGAAGACAUUUGAAGAACAUAAAAACUUCUCAGGUUAUCUUUGGACACAGUACGAAAACGGUACUUCGUAUUACUUUUCCCGUGAACGUAAAAAAUGGAAAGACGCCGCAAAUUUUUGCGACUUGUCAGGAGCGAAACUGACAAGUAUUCACUCUAAUGAAGAAAAUACAUUCAUCACUAACAAAUUGCAUAGUUUAUAUGGAAAUAUAUCUUCUGGCUAUCAUGGAGCCAGCAUUGGCCUUCACGACAUCAACCUUGAACGUCAUUUUCGCUGGGUUGAUGGAACAAAAACAGAUUAUCUUAACUGGGCAAGUGGCGAACCGAACAACUUAAAUAACGAAGAUUGCGUUUCCAUUGAUCUAAAAGGCAAAUGGAAUGAUAAUUCAUGUGACACAGAAUUCUACUUUAUCUGCAAGAAGAAUUGAAGUUUUGGUGUAAUUUUAUUUGUGACAUUAAGUAGUUAGCUACUUCCAUGGUUGUAAAUAAUUUUCAAGACUCGCUUUAGAACUAUUCUCAUUAAUUAUUGUACAGUGGAAUUUCAAUAAAGCGGCCACAAUCAUUGCAAAAAAAUUGUCCGCUUUAUAAAGAUGUCUGCUUUAGACAACCUUGUCCCCGGGGUCUUGUGGCCCUUGAGCCGUUAUUACGAAGUGGCCAACUUUUCGCCGCUAUCAACUUCAUCAACAAAGCAAAAUGCCCUGGGAACGAGGUUGCGUUUUAGAGAGAUUUUCGGUUUAUUAUGAUGAUAAUAAAAUGUCUUAAAUAGAAAAUAUUGAAGAAUAUUAUUUGUCGUUAUAGUGGAAAACUUUAUUUAGCGCAAAAAAAUUGUCUGUCGGAUAUAUGAGUGUCUGUUUUACUAAGAAUUUUAUAAGAGUUUAGCGGAAGAUUUAUCCGUUCCAAGUACAGCUGUCCGUCUUAUAGAGGUGGUUGUUUUAGCCGGUUUUCAUCGUAUUUUGCUACAUUCUACUACAAUUUAGCA